AUGGUGUCCCUGAUAGAGCGCCUCAGAAAGGCGUCCCAAUGCUCAGCUUCGCAGGAGGGGACUGGCGAACCACCCGAAGCGGGCAUGAGUGCGCUUACCUCAGCAAGGAAGUCAAGCACCAGCUAUCCUGCGCCAGACUUAGAACAGGGAGAGGAUGUGCAAGCGGCACCAGGGCAGAAGAAGAAAAGGUUUCUGAAGAAGUAUGACAUUCUCUUCCUUCGGCUGGCAAUCAUGUUUACGCUGGCCUGCCUCCUAUCAGGCAGCACCGCCCUGAGUUUCUUCUUGAGCAGCGCAAGGUGCCGCGACUCGCUGACUCAGCUCGUCCAGUCGUAUCAGAACGACCUCAUCGAACGAACUUCGGACGACGUCUUCAAUCUUUUCGGGAGUGGCGAACUUUGCGCGAGGUUCUUAGUGGGAUCCAUGCAAAGGAUCCACGCUGCGCGAAUAAAUUGGACGAACGACACCAUAGAUGAUCUGAUCAAAGAAGCAAUCUUCGGCACCUUCACCGACUGCGCUCAGACGUCCUCGCUCGGGUUCUUCAAGGGAGACGGCACUUACAUUUCGAUCAGCUCGAGUGACAAAUUCACGCUGGGGAAUAGUACUACGUCAAGUCGUAUCCAAAUGAUGUUCAACAACGAGACGACGCCCGCAGGUCAACUGCCUCGAAGGUUUACUACGUACCUGGCAGAAGACACGGGCGAGCCCCUCAGCCCGCCGCGCGAAGUCGCGCGGCUCGACCCGCGCGCGCGCGACUGGUACAAUCAGGCACUGCACAGCGCAGACGGGCUGGCUGAGCAAGUUUUGGUCGGCAUAAGCGGGCGGCCGCAGUUGUCCCUCGGGAGACGCGUUACCCACCCGACCAACGGCCGAGUCUUGGGCGUGAUUGGAUUGUCCUUUUACCUGACGACGAUUAGUCGCUACAUGAGCGAGUUCGACCUAAAGGGGGGGCUGAUGUAUGUAACAAAUGGGACCAUGCUAGUUGCAGACACAGUCGGGGAUUACGCGGCGGCCACCAACGUUUCGACGGGGGGCCUUUUGCCGGCCAGCCAGUCGAGCAGUCUAGUUGUGCGCGAGUCGUUUGCAUAUCUGAAGAGCGUGGGGCAGGGUAAUAUGAACGUGUACUCACUGAGCGGGGGGCAGGGUAUAAACGCGUCCGACGCGAGUAGUACGUUCCGCGAGGUGCGCCUGGGCGGGGCGCCGUACUUUUUGCAGUACAAGUACCUGCAAUUCCGCAACAUCGUUCUACGGCAGGUCAUGGUCCUCCCGCGCGACUCCAUCAUGCGGCCCAUAGACAGCGGCGCGCGUUACACCAAAGCAAUCGUCAUCGGCGUAACGGCCGCGACCUGCGCGCUAGGGUUUCUGCUGAUCGUGCUGUUCACGGAUCCUGUCAGCAAGGAGAUGCGGCUCAAGGCGCAAGUGAUUGAGAAUCUGGAGGGGAGGCGGCAGGCGGAGGCGCGAGAGGAUUUCAAGACGAAGUUUCUGGCGAGGACCAGCCAUGAUCUUCGGACCCCCUCCGCGGCUAUGCUGGGGCUGCUCGAUGUGAUUUUGGAGUCUUCGCUGGAGACCGAUCAAGCGGACCGAGUGAAGCAAGUCAAAGAGUGCGCGCUCACACAGCUCAAACUGCUGAACGACAUCCUGGAUUUCAGCAAGAUUGAAGCAGGAAAGAUGCAGCUCGAGAACGAGCUGUUCGACAUAGGCAAUCUGCUAGAGUCGCUGGUUGAUAUCUUCAGCGUACAAUGCACAGCAAAGGGUCUAGAAGUUGGCUUGGACAUGGACAGCAAUCUAAUCUAA